UGGGAACCUUCUAUGGGUGGGAACAACGAACUAACCAAAGCAAAGUGGUUACCUGAAGAUGUCUGACAAUGCAGAAUGCCCAAUAGAAACGCAAAAAGAGGAGUCGCAACCGCUGUCUGACGACGCGACGACAAAUGAUGAUAAGAAAAAAAUUGAUGUUCUGUUGAAGGCAGUGGGAGACACUCCUAUAAUGAAAACAAAGAAGUGGACAGUGGACAGGGGAAGGACGGUACAGUCCCUGUCUCAGUUCAUCUCUCGCUUCCUCAAGCUUGACAGCAGUGAACAACUGUUCAUUUAUGUUAACCAGUCUUUUGCCCCCUCACCGGAUCAAGAAGUAGGAGUCCUCUUUGAUUCUUUUGGCAGCGAUGGCAAGCUGGUUCUAUAUUACUGUAAAUCUCAAGCCUGGGGUUGAACUGCUUUCUUUAACUCCAUUUCAGGCCUCCCCCUUUCUUAAAUUCAUCCUCCAAACAUGCACACAAUGUUGUUUUUUCUUUCUUUUUCCUUUGACUUCUUCUGUACAUACAUAUUGUAAAUAAAUUAUUGUGACUAUGGUAA